AAACCAAGGCUGCGAAGGAGCGGCCAGGAUUGGGAUCUAGGUCCGAAAGUUGCAAAGCCAGCUCUUAACACGGGGGCAGGGACUGGUUUUCAGGCCUUUGUUUUCGGGGAGGGGUAGCUCACUAGUCCGAGGGCCCCGGGAAGCCUGGGGUCCUGCGUGCUCAGCCCAGGGGAGGUGCAGGAGCGGGUCGCGGGGGUCCACUCCGGCCAGUUCUCGGCAGCUCUCUUAAGGGGAUCCUCAGCUUUCCUGGCUGUUCCCUACGUCUCCCUGCCUCUCCCAAACCCGACCCGGCGCCUCCUCACCCACCGGGUGACCCCGGGCGCCGCCAGCUCUCCAGGAAUUGGGAAUUUCGUGACGUUCCCUGACCAGGCUUCGCCGAGGGCGGGGGAGUGCUGCAAGGGGCCAUCGCGCAAGUGCGGGCCGGGUCUCCGCCGCAAACGGCCGGCUCACCCGGGACCCGGGACUCCUGGAGGAGGCACGCCACCUACGCACCGGGCGGCCCCGGCUGCCGGCCCUCCUCGUCGCCCGUCUCCGAGACUCACCGCCGCCUCCGCCCCGCCCGCGGGUGGGUGGUCGCUUCCUUUCGCUCCCCGUCACUCUUUGCAGACGCUCCCCAGCGCCGGGCAUGGGCGCCGCCGCCGCCGGUCCCCGGGCCGGAUUCCGCGCGCGGUGGCCCUGAGGCGCUCAGCUGCCGGGGUCUGCAGAAGGCCGCGCCAUGAACAGCCGAAGGAGGCCAGUGAAGAAAGACAGCGAGGCCUUGGAGAUUUCCAUCCCCUUCGAUGAGACGCCCCACCUGGACCCGCAAAUCUUUUACAGCCUGAGCCCCUCUCGGGGGAGCUUCGAGGAGCCGGCGGAGGCUGCUUCCCCGACAGCGGCCCUGAUGAACGGCGUCCGGGCCCAGCUGCACCUGGCCCUGGAGAGGAACUCCUGGCUGCAGAAGCGCAUUGAGGACCUGGAGGAGGAGCGGGACUUCCUGCGGUGCCAGCUCGACAAGUUCAUUUCCUCUGCCCGCCUGGACGCCGACGACCACUGCCGGGGGAAGCCCGGGCCUCGGCGGGCCGAGGGGGACAGCCGAGGGGGGACAGGGGGUGAGGCCUCAGACCCCGAGUCAGCCGCCUCCUCGGUCAGUGGAGCAUCUGAAGAAGGCAGCACCAUGGAGAGGAAGAGGCAGAAGCAGAAAGGAGGCCCAGGCCGGCGGCGCUUCGGGAAGCCCAAGGCCCGGGAGAGGCAGCGGGUGAAGGACGCGGACGGGGUGCUCUGCCGCUACAAGAAGAUCCUGGGCACCUUCCAGAAGCUGAAGAGCAUGUCUCGGGCCUUCGAGCACCACCGAGUGGACCGCAACACGGUGGCGCUGACCACGCCCAUCGCGGAGCUGCUCAUCGUAGCCCCGGAGAAGCUGGCCGAGGUGGGCGAGUUCGACCCCUCCAAGGAGCGCCUGCUUGAGUACUCGCGCCGCUGCUUCCUGGCCCUGGACGAGGAGACCCUCAAGAAGGUGCAGGCCCUCAAGAAGAGCAAGCUGCUGCUUCCCAUCACAUACCGCUUCAAGCGGUGAUCCCACCCCACCCGGCCCGGCGCCCGCCCACCGGCCCCUGCAUCCUCGCCCGGCGCGCGGGGCCGGCGUGUGCAGGGCGGUGGGCCCCCACGAGGGCGGCUCAUUUCCGCUCGGACCGCCACCCCCUCCCCAGGCCCCCUGUAUAUAGGUCUGUCCCCUGGGCCUCUCACAGCCCUAGCGUCCACCCUGCCCUCCGCCUUCCCUGGGUUGGGGGCUGUCCUCCCUUAGUCCUGCUUCCAAGAGGACCACCAUCCAGGGCCCGGUUCUGCCUUCCCUGACCACUGGCACCCCCGCAUCUGAGCGGCACCGUCCUGCCCUCGCUGGGCCCUCCCUCCUGGGGAAGACUGCGGGACCCUGCGGGGUGAGGCCACUGUACAUAUCCCGUCCGCACCCCAGCCCCGCAGCGAGCUUCCCACCCGCCUUCCGAGACCGCCCGAGUCCACACGAGACAGAGCUAUUAGGAUAAUUUAAAUUAAAAUGAUAAAAUUUGGAAUAAACUA